AUGCAAACUCUUUUUGUGAGCUCGCUUGUGGUCUCCCUCGCUGCAGCCCUCCCACACUACAUCAGGAGCAAUGGCAUUGAAGCCAGCCUCCUGACUGACCCCAAGGAUGUUACCGGCCGCACUGUCGACUACAUCAUCGCUGGUGGAGGUCUGACUGGACUCACCACUGCUGCCCGUCUGACGGAGAACCCCAAUAUCACUGUGCUUGUCAUCGAAAGUGGCUCCUACGAGUCUGACAGAGGUCCUAUCAUUGAGGACCUGAACGCUUACGGUGACAUUUUUGGCAGCAGUGUGGACCACGCCUACGAGACUGUCGAGCUCGCCACCAACAAUCAGACUGCGCUGAUCCGCUCCGGAAAUGGUCUCGGUGGCUCUACCCUCGUCAACGGUGGCACCUGGACUCGCCCCCACAAGGCACAAGUUGACUCAUGGGAGACCGUCUUCGGAAAUGAGGGCUGGAACUGGGACAGCGUGGCCGCCUACUCCCUCCAGGCUGAGCGUGCUCGCGCACCAAAUGCCAAACAGAUUGCUGCUGGCCACUACUUUAAUGCAUCCUGCCAUGGUAUCAAUGGUACUGUCCACGCCGGACCCCGCGAUACCGGUGAUGACUACUCCCCCAUCGUCAAGGCUCUCAUGAGCGCUGUCGAAGACAGGGGCGUUCCCACCAAGAAGGACUUGGGAUGCGGUGACCCCCAUGGUGUGUCCAUGUUCCCCAACACCUUGCACGAAGACCAAGUGCGCUCUGAUGCCGCUCGCGAAUGGCUCCUCCCCAACUACCAGCGUCCCAACCUGCAAGUCCUCACUGGACAGUAUGUUGGAAAGGUCCUGCUCAGCCAGAACGCUACCACACCUCGUGCCGUUGGCGUGGAAUUCGGCACCCACAAGGGCAACACCCACAACGUCUACGCUAAGCACGAGGUCCUCCUGGCCGCUGGGUCCGCUGUCUCUCCCACCAUCCUCGAAUAUUCCGGUAUCGGAAUGAAGUCCAUUCUAGAGCCUCUUGGAAUUGACACCGUCGUUGACCUGCCCGUUGGUCUCAACCUUCAGGACCAGACCACCUCUACCGUCCGCUCACGCAUUACCUCCGCCGGUGCCGGACAGGGACAGGCCGCUUGGUUCGCUACCUUCAACGAGACCUUUGGCGACUACGCCGAAAAGGCCCACGAGCUGCUCAACACCAAGCUAGAGCAGUGGGCCGAAGAGGCCGUCGCCCGUGGCGGAUUCCACAACACCACCGCUUUGCUCAUCCAGUACGAGAACUACCGCGACUGGAUCGUCAAGGACAAUGUCGCAUACUCGGAACUCUUCCUCGACACGGCCGGAGUGGCCAGUUUCGAUGUGUGGGAUCUUCUGCCUUUCACUAGAGGAUACGUCCACAUCCUCGACAAGGACCCCUACCUCCGCCAUUUCGCCUACGACCCUCAGUACUUCCUCAACGAGCUUGACCUGCUCGGCCAGGCUGCCGCCACUCAGCUGGCUCGCAACAUCUCCAACUCUGGUGCCAUGCAAACUUAUUUCGCUGGAGAGACUAUUCCCGGUGACAACCUCGCGUAUGAUGCCGACUUGAGCGCCUGGGUUGAGUAUAUCCCGUACAACUUCCGCCCUAACUACCAUGGUGUGGGCACUUGCUCCAUGAUGCCGAAGGAGAUGGGCGGUGUUGUCGACAAUGCUGCCCGUGUGUAUGGUGUGCAGGGGCUGCGAGUCAUCGAUGGUUCUAUUCCCCCUACGCAAAUGUCGUCCCAUGUUAUGACGGUCUUUUAUGCCAUGGCCUUGAAGAUUGCGGAUGCCGUCUUGGCGGAUUACGCCUCUAUGCAGUGA